AUGUACUCCGCACAGCCAAACGGCGCUGAUAGUGCGACAAUCAAUCCAGCUGCUCUCGCAUCACCAGAAGUACUAAAUCCGGGCUCCCGGGGAACGAAACGGAGCCGGUCUCCAGACACCUAUCAGGACCCGGCCCAGCCUGGGUCCGCCGGUGAUGACGGUGAUAAGCCUAGGAAACGAGGAAGACCGAUGAAGUCGCGAGCCGGUGGGAGCGUGUCCGAGGCCCCCGGCCAAGGUCCAGUGGCGCCUCUCUCUCAGACCCUGCCGCCGCAGACCCCCCAAAGCCACAAUGCUGCUCUCCCGUCACAGACGCCAUCCUAUGCGGCCCCGCAGGCGUCGCCUCCGAAGACCACCCCGAAGUCGACCUUAAAGGCGCUCCCCACCGUACGCGACCACACGACCGACCAACUGGGUCCUGGCGGGGACGAAUACCUCCCGAGGGAGAUCGACGAGGCGGGAGAGAAGAAGGUGAUGCCGAACGGCCAGCUUCUGGGGGGUCGCGAAUACCGAUGUCGAACCUUUCUGGUGCCAAACCGUGGGGAUAAGCUUUUUAUGCUCGCCACCGAGUGCGCUCGCGUCCUGGGUUACCGCGACUCGUAUCUGCUCUUCAACAAGAACAGGUCCCUUUUCAAGAUCAUUGCCAACCAAGUGGAAAAGGACGAUCUUGUGCAGCAGGAAAUCCUUCCCUUCUCCUACAGGUCGAGACAAAUCGCCAUUGUGACUGCCCGGAGUAUGUUUCGCCAGUUCGGCAGCCGCGUCAUCGUAAACGGCCGCAGAGUCCGCGACGACUACUGGGAAACCAAAGCCCGCAAGCAGGGGUUUACCGAGGCCGAUCUCGCCGGCGAGAAGCGACCAGGCGCAUCCAAGGCCCGGGAAGCCGCUGCCGAGGUGAGCCAACACGCCGCUCUGCUCGGGGGUCCGCACGGGGAGAUCGUCUACAGCAAUACUCCGGCUCAGUUCGGUGGUGCUCCGCAACCCCAGCUCGUCCAACCAGGUAUGCUUGGAGCGCCAGCCGGAAGCUCGACAAGAAUGCCCAUGAUAACACUUGGACCAGAUUACAGUGACAACCGUAGUCGGGACUACUCCAACAUCCUCAAGGCGGGCCCGCGCCAGGAGAUCACUGGUCCGCCAUACCAGGACAGGACGCAGCCAGCCCCCAUCGCCGAAUUGAACACGCAGGCCCACCAUGCGGCCGAGUUCAAUCGCACCGUCAAUCAGCAGCGUGAGAUGCGCAACGACUAUAUGCAGACUCUUUGGCGACGCCCGCACGAGCAGCCGCAGUCAGCGGCUCCGGUGAACCAACCAACCGGCACCGCGGAUUCCACGGUCCCGAGCACCACCCGCCCGGGCCAGUCGCCCCAUGCCCCGUCAAGCGGAAUGUCGCAGCCCGGCAUAGUUCCGAAUCAGAGCCCGCAAAUGAUGAUGACUGCAGCGCCAUAUUCGCAGUCCAUCCAUGCUCACAACCAAGGCAGUCAGCCUUCGAUGAGAGGUAUGGCCCAAGCUCCGCACCAUAACAACCCAAAACCAACCGAGAUUCUAUCAGGGUCCAGCGGAAGCAUUCCUCAGGGUGCACAGAGCUACACUUACCCGCCGAAUCAGAUGUGGCCACCCACACCGCAAACACCGCAGCAUGGCUACUCGGCAUACACCACCCAGUCUCAGCCGUCUCCCCACCCGCAGCAGCAGUCCGCCGCUCCCCAGCUGCGACACUCGGGUGCGGGAAAUCAGGUUCAGCCUGGGGGCAUGCCCUACUCCGGAAUGCCCGGCAUGAGCCAAGGAUACGGAGCUCCUCCUCAGGGAAUGUAUCCCACCGAGCAAACCCCACGCCAAUACAUGCAUCAAAGCGCCGCUGGUGCCCCGGCCGUCACCCAGGCAUGGUCUCAGCAGAAUCCUGCCCAGUGGUGGACGAAUCAGCAGCCACAAUAG